UCGCGACUUUGUCUGUCCCGCGCACCCCAGCACCUUGUCUUGGGCAAUUGUCGGCUUUAGCUCCCACUUUCACAUACAAUUGGGUUCCAGCCAGCUCUUCGCAUAUUCCCUCGACGCGCAUGCGCAUUGGUUUCUCUAAUUUUCUUCUUUUCUUGGGGAGCUUUUGGAACCAAUUCUAUUCUAAUCACUUGCUCUAUUAUUGCCAGCCAGAAUAAUUCUGCUACUCUAUCAUCGUAUAUUGCUAAAGGCCUAUCGAUGCUGCAGAAGAACCGCCACCCUUGACGUGCUUGUUGCCCUGACCCAAGCCAGCCCGCGUCGUGUGCCACGUCGCCGUCAUGGCAGCACUCGGCGCUCUCGACACCCCUCGGACCAAUCUGGGGGAUGCGACCUACCUAAGUCGCCAGCCAGACCUCGAUCUUUCAGAGGAGGUUUCGGUGCCUUCACCCUCAAAAGACGCCAAUCUUUUCCAGCAACUUCGAAAUGGCGGUCGGCAAAGCCUGCGGACGCCCCGCGGCAAGCGCACCCCGUUCGGCGAACGACAAAACAGGGCCGCAGCAGGCGGCGCGCCAGAGUUCACGCCUCUGCUCAAGUCGGCGACGAGGAGGAGUGUGCGCAGGCAUAGUGGCAAAGAGAACGUCGCUGCCACCCCCGCAUUCCUCAACAAGAUCGACGAGGACAUGACCCCCUUGCCCAACAUGGACAACAGCGUCUUUGGCAUGUCGCGCAACACGUCUUCAUUCAUUGGCCGCACUCCGGUGCCCCAGGUCGACAGCGACAGCACUGUGGAGACCCCAAUGAUCAUGAAGACGCGUCGCAAUGCUGCCAAGAGCCCGUUGAACGACAAGAACCAGCUCUCUCUCCGCGAGCAAGAGAAUGUCAUAGACCGCAUCGAGAAGGAGAAUUUCGGGCUCAAGCUCAAGAUUCACUUUCUGGAGGACGCGCUACGGAGGGCAGGCCCAGGUUUUAGUGAAGCUGCGCUCAAGGAAAACACGGAACUUAAAGUCGACAGCGUCACCAUGAAGCGUGAGCUACAUAGAUACAAGAAACACCUUACAUCAGCCGAGAAGGAUCUCGAGGCAUAUCGACAACAGAUCCUUGAGAUGCAAGACAAAUUCAAGAAGCGCCAAGCAAAUGAGGGGCAACGCCUAGAGAUAGAGAGGUUGCAGCAGGCGCUGGAGGAGAAGGAUGCAGGCCUGGAAGAUUUGCAGCAAAAGCUUGACCAGGGAGAGAAGGAAUUGGACAGGAUAGAAAAGCUCCAAGACGAAAUUGGUGACUUGGAAGCCGACAACCGCGCCAAGGAUCAACUGAUUGGUCAGCAUGAAGACGAAAUCGAAGACUUGAAACUGCGAAUCCAGGCCGCCGAGGACAAGGCCAAGGAUUCCCAGCGGCGCAUGGUCGAGCUGGAGGAGAAAGCACAAGCAAGCAGCAAACUGGCAGAGGCGAAGGAAGCAAUCGAGGACCUCGAGGCCGACGUUCGUCGACUUCAGAACGAGCUGGAGGAAUACAAGGAUAAGCUGCAAGAUGCUGUGGAUGCCAAGGACCGAGCAGAGGGCGACCUGGAGGAACUCCAGGAGGAAAUGGCGAACAAGUCAGUGGUGACCAAGGGACUUUCUCGGCAGGUGGAGGAAAAGAUUGCUCGUCUUCAGGAUGAAGUCGAGGAUGCGCGCAGCAACCUAGCGACAGUCAACAACCGAUACCAGGACAAAGAAAACGAGGUCGAGGAUCUCAAACGCAAACUAAAAGAAUCCCGCCAAGAACGAGAAACUUUUGAACGCGAAAACAGGUCUCUAUCUGCAGAAGUCGAUGAGCUGCAAGGAGACCUCCGGUCCGCCAACGACCAUAAAUCGCUUCUGCAGACACGCCACGAUGCUUUGACUAAAGAGUCCGCCUCGCUGCAACGGGACGUGUCAAGACUACAGCGGGAUACUGCAGCUCUUGAAGCAAGCUUGGAACAGGAGAAGCAGCACGCUCUCCAAAUAGAACGAACAGUCCGGGAACAAAACAGGACCGAAAUCAAUCGACUUCGAUCUGAGAUAUCUGAUCUGCAAGCCAGGGCCCGGGAAGCGGAGGAAGACCGCCAACAUGCGACGCAGUCUGACCGUAUCUCUCGUGAUCAGCUGAAAGACGAGGUCGAGCGUCUCAAGGAUGACAUUUCCGACUUGCAGGCUCAGAUCCGGGAAAAGGAUAACAUGUACGACAACGACCACGAGAAGUGGGAAACCGAGAUUCGCAACCUUGAGGCCGAGCGCGACCGGGCAGAAGAGCGAGCCAACGGGCUUCAGCGUACGAUCGACAAACUGCGAGCAACUGAGGGUGCUCUGUCUACCAAGGAGGCCAAGCUCCAGCACAUUAUCGAUACCGAGACCGAACGACACAGGAAAGAGGAGGCUGUCCUGUCCCGACAGGUCGAAAGCUUACAGAAGACCCUGGACUCGAGGCAAACAAUGCUCGAGGAUCUGCGCAUCGAGCUUUCAUCUGUUCGUGAGCAGCUUCGUCAGGCUCAGGUGGAUUACCAAAGCGAGGUCGACAAGGUUGAGGGACUGGAGGACGAGCUUGAACUUUUGCAAGUUGAGCUUGAGGAACAAUCGGAAAAGGCCAGUCGAGACCUGGAGCAGGCCAAACGAGAGUGUGAAAACCUUCGACAGCAGCUUCAGUCAGCCCAAGAAUCUGCGGCCACUUCAGUCAGACAAUCAAACACCGUAUCUCAUGAGGUGGCCAGGCAUAACUCUGAGCAUAUACAACGUCUCAAGGACCAACUGGCUGAGUCUACGACAAAGUUCUCAAAGACGACCAAGGAAAAACAACUUCUUCAGGAACAGCUGGCUGGCGUCAACACCGAGUUGUAUUCUGUCCGUGCUUCUCUGGCCGAGAGCCAGGCCGAAAGGGAAUCUCUUGAGAGCGAUUUGAGACUGGCGAAGCAGAGUGGUCAGGAUGUCCACGUAGUGAAUCAAGAGCUUGUCGACCUUCGCACAACAAAGACAAAGCUUGACAGUGAGGUACGCCGCCUGAGGGAAGAAAACAAGUCGCUUGCUGGUCGUCUUAGGCAGGUCGAGGCUGAGCUUCAGGACGCCAAGCUGCAUGGCCAGGAUACUGCCCUGCUGGAUCAGGAACGCAUGGAUCUUUUGACGGCAAAGUCUAAGCUGGACGGCGACGUUCGGCGCCUGGGCGACCAAAACAGAUCCCUAACCUCGCGUCUUCGGGAAGUUGAGACAGAACUCCGACUUUUGAAGCAACAAGACGAUCAUACCAAGCAACUUGAGCUGCAGAGAGUGGACAUCAUCUCUGCCAAGUCCAGGCUCGAGAAUGAGUUGAGGCGUGUCAAGGAGGAGAAUGUUGUUCUCACCAGCGAAAAGGCCGAGAUCGAAAAUGAACUGGUGCGCGUCUCCAAAAACCAGGGCGAAGACACUUUGGAUCUCAACUUUGAGCGGAUUACCCUUCGAACUGCCAAGAAUAAGCUUGAAACCGAGCUACGGUGUCUCAAGGAGAAAAACAGGCAGCUCGAGGAGUCUCUACUUGAGCUCGAGAGACAAUUGGAUGAGGAGAACGAGAGGGCAGCCCAGGAGGAGGAGCGACUUACCCACGAGAUCCUCGAGCUCCAAGCCAAGCUCCGCCAGUCAACUGACACCCAGGCCCAGACAGCUUCUCGACGGAAGAUACGCGAGCUUGAACGGCGCAUAGACAACUACGAGGCCCGGCUGGCCAUCACUACAAACAUUGUUGAUGUCGAAGGCAACAGCGAUCUUUCUAUACUGCGGCGCGACAUCACCACCGCCCGCCAAAAAGAGCGGGACUUUGCCGAGCGUGAGGCAGCCCACAAGAGCACCGUUCGCGACCUCAAGCGUCAGAUCUCGGAUCUGGAGCGCGUUGUGCAUGAGGCCGAGAUGCAGCGCCUGCUGGCCUCGCCUGCGGAUGCCCGUACGCCUUCGACACGCAAGUCGGAACUGGCACAACUCCGCCACCAGCUCACCCUGGCUCACCAAGUCGGGCAGGAUCUCAAGCAGGCACUCCGGGAGGCGGAGCGUGACGCGGAUGCCGUCAAGGACGAGCUUCAGGCACGCAUUGGGGAUCUUGAAGAUCAAGCGGCUUCAUUGGAGCAGCAGCUGGACGAUGCCCGAGCUGCAGCCGAGGAAGCAGCCGCAGCCAGCGAAACAGCUUUGGUCAAGUACAGAGGAAAGGUCGAGCGAUACAGGCGUGAACGGGAUCAAUAUGCCGCUGCAUUGGAAGAGAUGCAACAUACAGACCAUGGCAGCGCCCUGACGGCGCGAACCGACGUCAGCAACGAGGAACGACGAGACCUUCACGGAAUGCUUCGCAAGGCGCAAAUCGAGGCCGACUCUUUUGAGCGCGAGGUGCGGGAACACAAGGCCCUGGCUGAGGAGCUGUCCAAGGCGCAAGAAACCCUCUGUCUGAAGCUGGAGCGCGUCCGGGGCGAAAGGGCUGUCUACCGCAAAGAGGCCGAGCGGAUGCGCCGGGACCUGCGGGCCGUAGAGCUCAGCAAUGCCGAACUAGUCAGAGCCAAGGACGAGGCGGAAGGCGCACUCGUUGCCAACGCCCUGAUUCUCGCAAGCAGAGAUGCCGCCGCAAUUGCACCACCAGCCAACAGCGAAAACAAAGCGGCCGAGACUGUCAAGGAAUUCGAACAAGUCGCUGAGAGACAAGAGGCAACUAAGAAUCGUGAGGUCCAGGCGCCGGCCCAGAGCAGCGAUAUCGAUGCCAAUGCAGUUCUAGAAAAGGCUGAGAAGCAACGAGAGCGCCACCAGCGUGAACUCCGUGGGCUAGUCACGCAGAUUGAGUGGAUGCAGGCUCGGUGGGAGCGGGAGUCGCGGUUCCGGCUAGAUGCAGUGUCAAGCAAGCAAUACCUCCAGCACGAACUCAAGGUGGCAAAGGAGUGCAACAAGCUCGACCUCGAUAUUCUCGGGGAGAUCGUCAAAACCAUCGAUGAACGUCAGAUGCCGUCUCGCGCCAUGCGCAAGCAGCACGAGAUUGAUGUGUCGACGCCGAUGCGCAAGCUCAAGCACGCGCUCCAUGCCGUCCGCUUCACAAUCCGCCUCAGGCGGUCCGCCCAGGCCUGGAGCAUCCACCUCCAGACGCGGCAGCGCCUGCAGGAGGCGCUGGACAAGGUUCAAAAGGCCAGCCGCAUGCGAAAGAUGCGCGACGAGUGGCGCGCCCAGGUCUACGCCAAGCUCGACGCCGACCGCGAGGCGGCCGGACUACCCCCCGCCAUCCGUCCCAAGGACGCGACCAUAACCACAGUGCUGAGCGUCGAGUUUUGAGGCUCGUGUGAACGCUUUUUAUUUACUUCUCAGAAUAAGCCGACCCUUUGUCUCUUCACUAGAAGUACAACCCUUGUUGAGAGCCUUUUUUCCAUGUCCGAAGCGAAUCCAACUUUAUUUUUUUAGGCAGCUUGUUUAUGACCCCUUUUUUUUCUCUUGUUUCUUCUUGCUGCUUGGAGUUUGGAGGCCUUGUCGAGACAGUAUUAUACCUUGUUUCUUGUUUUAAUUCAUUUUCUUUCCACCAUUCACACCUUGACGUUUGUUGUUUACGAUUAUUUGGUUUGGGGUGGAGUUGGACAAACAAAAUGAUACCGGCUUAUUUUGGGUGUUUUUGUUGCAGGGCGGAAGAGGUACCUACCCUAUGUGGGAGUUUUUGUCUUAUCGUAUCGUUUGUCGAGAUUGCCAUCAUCAGCUGGGCGUCAGGCGUUCAAGAGCAUUAUGUUGUCGAAGCUUCCUUUUUUAACACUAAUCAAAGCUUCAAUCUCGUUUCUUCAUCUGAUCUUGCCAUGAUUUGUU